GAUUGUGAGAUCAGGUUAACAUUAAUCUCUAGUAGUUCCAGAAGAAGCAGCUAAUUAAGUGUACGUGUUCUUUGAAAUAUGGCGGAAAACAUUAACGUUGGAGGCUCUCUUCCUGUAAUUCCCACUUUCCAACAGCAGCUUGCUCCGACCGCCGGGGAGGUUGGAGGUUAUCUCCCCGUUCCCAAUGUUCAAGAGCUCGCUGCGGUCUCCAAGGAUGUAUCCGCUAGGUACAUACGACCAGAACGCGAGCUGGAACAAGUUGCUGCCGGCGAGUUUGGUCAAAUUCCGGUGAUCGAUAUGAGCAAGCUGCAGGUUGGUGACGACGACGAGCUCGCUAAACUGCAUUCGGCUUGUAAGGAAUGGGGAUUCUUCCAGGUGAUCAAUCAUGGGGUUGCUGAACAAGUGAUUACCAAAAUGGCGGAGGAUGUUCAACACUUCUUCAGCUUGUCACUGGAAGAAAAAAUGGAAUACGCACAGUUGUCAACCGGCAUUGAAGGUUACGGUCAAGCGUUUGUUUUUUCGGAAAAGCAAACGCUUGAUUGGGGUGAUAUGCUAUACAUUAAUGCGACACCAGUCCACGAGAGAAAAAUGAGGUUCUGGCCGAGAAAUCCCUCUUCAUUCAGGGCAACUCUCGACCAGUAUGCAGCAGAGCUGGAAAAGGCGGCUAGAAGCCUGCUGAUUUCCAUGUCCAGGAACCUGGGAGUCGAGCCAGAAAAGCUGCUCAAUUUGUUCAACGACGGUGAGCAAAGUCUGAGAAUGAACUACUAUCCGCCGUGUGAGCAAGCAAGCAAGGUCACCGGUGUUGCCCCUCAUGCUGACGGCACCGGAUUGACUUUGUUGACUCGAUUGAAUCAAGCACAAGGUUUGCAAGUCAGGAAAGAAGGGAAAUGGGUUCCCGUUGAUCCACUUCCAGGUGCAUUCAUCGUUAACAUCGGCGAUAUUCUUGAGAUUAUCACCAAUGGGGAAUACAAGAGCAUAGAGCACAGAGCAUUAGUGAAUGAUAAAAACGAGAGACUAUCAAUAGCAUCGUUUCACGACCCGAACAUGGAUGUCAUGAUUGAACCGAUGUCGGACCUUCUUGUCAAGGAUCAAAAGAAACAAGCACCAAAUUAUAAAUCCAUAUCGCACCGGGAUUAUAAGAAGAUUUCGAGGAACAUGAAACUCGACGGCAAAGACGGAGGCUUCAUUACCCAUAUGAAAAUAUAAGCCAAAGAAGAAGAGUAAUGAAUUCAAGCCCCCUCCAUGGUCGAGAAAGUAGCCGAAAAAGUUCCAAACAAAUAAAUCAUGCCAGUAGAUUGCUUUUCCUAUGAAUAAGCUUAUGCAUUCUAGCAUCAUGCCACGUGGACGAAUAAGCAUUAUUAUGCAGUAUUUCCGCCUUAAUUGUUGGAUAUAUGUUAAAUUUUGGCAUGUCUAUUUAUUGGUUUAUAAUUUGUUUGUCUUGUUUGAGAGGGAAUGAGUUUGUGUGAGAUUGUUCCUAUCAAUAUGUACUAUAUAUGUUCCAUGUUGUAUUCAAGAAUAAGAAGUCAAGCAAUCU